UAAGAGGACAACAACUUCUCGCCUUUGUUUCAAAUAUGGGGAAAAUGGCCUCUCUAGUUGCCACUCUUUUAGUGGUUUUAGUUUCACUUAGCUUAGCUUCCGAAAGCUCAGCAAAUUAUCAAUACUCAUCUGCGCCACCACCAAAACAGCCAUAUCACCCUUCACCAACACCUUAUCACCCUGCACCAGUAUACAAAUCACCACCACCACCAACUCCAGUUUACAAAUCACCACCACCACCAAAGAAGCCAUACUACCCUCCACACGUUCCAGUUUACAAGUCGCCGCCACCACCAACUCCAGUUUACGAGUCGCCGCCACCACCCAAGAAGCCACAUUACCCACCACACACCCCAAUUUACAAGUCGUCGCCGCCACCACCAACUCCAGUUUACAAGUCACCACCACCACCCAAGAAGCCACAUUACCCACCACACACCCCAGUUUACAAGUCUCCACCACCACCAACUCCAGUUUACAAGUCACCACCACCACCCAAGAAGCCUUACUACCCUCCACAUACCCCAGUUUAUAAGUCGUCACCACCACCCAAGAAGCCAUACUACCCACCACACGCCCCAGUUUACAAGUCACCACCACCACCAACUCCUGUUUACAAGUCACCACCACCACCCAAAAAGCCAUAUGGUCAUCCUCCACCAACACCAUACCAUCCUGCACCAGUUUACAAGUCGCCACCACCACCUAAGAAGCCAUAUGGUCAUCAUCCACCAACUCCAUACCAUCCUGCACCGGUUUAUAAGUCGCCGCCACCACCUCCAACUCCAGUGUAUAAGUCACCACCACCUCCAGUGAAGCCAUACCACCCUCCGCACACCCCAGUUUACAAGUCGCCGCCACCACCAACUCCUGUGUACUAUGGCGGGCCACCACCUAAGAACCAUCCUUCACCAACACCAUACCAUCCCGCACCAAUGUAUAAAUCCCCACCACCACCAACUCCAGUCUACAAGUCUCCUCCACCACCCCACUAUGUUUACACUUCUCCUCCUCCUCCCUACCAUUACUAAGAAGCGACUUCAUUAAAUCUAAGGGAAAAAAGAAUGUUGAGCUAAAUAAAGACAUAUUUCAUUUUCGAGAGGCAAUGAAAAAAGGAAGAAAAAAGAGUAAAUAAUAAGCCCCACAGGAGGCGAAGCUCUUUUAUAGCUUGAAGUUAUCUAAGUUAGUGAUGUUGUUUGUAUCCUAUAUUUAUAUUUUACUUCUAUGUCUCUGUGUAUGUAUUCUCAGCUUCGAUCUCCUUGUAAUAGAGAUUAAGAGUUGAAUAAAAUAAGUUAUUACUAUA